AUGUCCCCAUCCAGUACUGUGCCACACCACACAAGGUCACAACACACUCAGUCACACCACACCUCACAUCACAUCCAGCCACACCAUCUCACACAGCCACACCAGUCCACACCUCACACUGCACCCAGCCACACCACGCCACACCACACACCGUAUUACUUAGUCACAGCCACAUCACACUCAGCCACACCUCCCCACAUACCACCCAGCCGCAGCAUACAGCAUAACACCCCUCCACGCCAGGCUACACUACACAUUAGCUACACUUGCCUUCAACACAGCCUGGCCAAGAGAGAAACGGUGCUGAGGAAAUGCUGCCAGAAGAGGUCGCUGAGUGAAGUGUGCCAGAACGAGGACCCUGUGAACUCUGACCCCGUGACCCCUGACCUCCCUCUCACCCUGGAAAAAGUGGAUUCCAGGAGCUUGACCUCUCCGGAAAAGGGCUCCAUGGACAACUUGAAUCUGAACCGUGUGAAAUCCAGGAACGGUGAACCUGUGACCUAUGACCCCGUGACCUAUGACCUCCCUAUCACCCUGGAAAAAGUGGAUUCGAGGAGCUUGUCUAGUCUGGGAAAAGGGUUCAGAGAGGAUUCCAGUAGCUCAACCUCUCAGGAAAAGGGUCUCAAGAUGGAUUCCAGUAGCUUAAGGUCAGAAUCCACUCCUGUGCACCCUGAUCAAGGGAUUCAGAGGGCAAUACAGGAUCAUGAGGCAACGGAGACUCGCCACAGGAAAACAGAGAAUCGAAGGGACGUACAAAGGAAUUGGAACCUAUCAGAGAAUCAUGAGAGACUAACAGAGGAUCGACAGAGGGUACCAGAGGAGGAUUUCAGGGACAAAGAGGAUCAAGGAGAGGAUCGACAGAUAGAUAAAUGUCAAAAAGAAAUGGAUGAUAUCAUAGAAAUUGAAAUCUUUGAGCAAACAGAGGACCGGAAACCACAGGGAAUGGGAUCGAAACCUCCUCCAGAGAGAUCCAAUUCUUCUCCGGUAGUGUCCAAACCUCCACAGAAUUCCACACAUGAGAUUUACACCUUGGAUCAACUAGGGGAGGUGGAACAGGAGGAUCAAAAACCACAGAGAAUGGGAUUGAAACCUCCUACAGAGAGAUCCAAUUCUACAUCGGUAGUGUCCAAACCUCCACCAUCUGAUACACAGAUUUACAGUUUGGACCAGCUGAUGGAGGUGGAACAGGUGGGUGACUACCAUCUGUACGGGGCACCAGAGUACAUUGAGGAAGUUGUAGUAGAAGAGGAAUCAGAUCCUACCCUUGAGGAACCCCACCCAGGCCAUUCCAACCCUAGGACUUGCAUAGCCUUGGACCACUCCUAUUUCCAGCAUCCUCCGAAGUGCCUCAAGGAUGUUUUGACUCCUACGGAAGAAGAGACUCGAUCCUAUAGCAAUGGGAUCGAGGAAGUAGUGUUGGAACCUGAGUUUGAGGACUACUGUGAUACGGAUUCAAGGGACAGUAUAGCAACGGUGGACAGUGAUGUGGAGGUUCAGGAAAGGGAAUCCAAGCCUGUGUCAUUCCACUGGGGUGUUCGAACAGGAUCAGAACCUACUCGAAAGGGAUCGGAACCCACUCAAAAGGGAUCGGAACACUCUCUAUCCUCCCAGAACAGUCCAAGAGAGCUUGGUGAUGAUUUGGACCUCGGCAAAACAACUCCAACUAGUGGUGAUGUUUCAGACACCACCACCACCACCACCAGCACUAAAGAGGUCCCAGCAACCACAAGUCAACCAAGAACUCCCCUCGUCAAACCAGCCCUUGAAAACGCCUCCCCUGUCCCACCAAGCAACCGAAAUGCCUCUAAAACAACUGAGUCAACCAAUAACAGCACUGCCACCAAAGACAUCCCUGUGGUUGCCAGUCUACCAAGUCUUCCUCCCAUCAACCUACUCCUCAAAAACACUGUCUCUGCUUCAACCAUCAACCAAAAUGCCUCAAAAACAACCGAAACAACAACUCGAGUCAUUGCAACCAGAGACGUCCCUUCAGCCACAAGUCAACCAAGCAUUGCUCUCACCAAACCAGCCCUCGAAAACUCUGUCCCUGCCCCAACCAACAACAACCAAAAACUCCUUGAAACUACUGUCCCCUCCCCAUCCAGUAAGACAAAGACAACCACCAUCAACUCCACCAGGGUUGUCGAGGGCCGGCCAGAACCUCUCGGAACCACAAACGAACUGAUCAAGGCUGUCACAGAGGGCUUUCAGAACUCCAUGUCCGCCCCAAGCCAAGGAAACGCCUCCGGAACUCUGGGUCUGUCACAAGGAGGGGGGCUGUCGGCACUACCCCAAGCAACACAGACGUCCCUGAGGAUCAAAAUACCCACACGAAAAUCUCAGUUGUCACCCAAGACCCCAAAACACCCACGGAAACUCCCCCUACAAGCCCUGGGGCUAUCACAAGGAGGGGGGCUGUCAGCACCAUCUCAAGCAACACAGACGUCCCUGAUGUUCAAAACUGCCACAAGAAAAUCUCGAUUGUUGCCCAAGACCCCAAAACACCCACAAAAACUCCCCCUACAAGCCCUGGAUCACCUCAACUCCACGCCCCGCAAUAGCCAGCCCUGUAGCCCCAUCUCCUAA